AGUAAAAUGUAGAUGUGCCACUGCUGCUGUCCACAAAACCUCUGUUUACUGCUUUCAGGGGCGAGCACGAGGGGAGUCGCAGGAUGAAGACUGAGUUACUGGUUCAGAUGGAUGGACUAGCCAGAUCAGAUGACCUGGUUUUUGUACUUGCUGCCUCCAACCUACCUUGGGAACUGGACCACGCAAUGCUGAGGAGGUUAGAGAAGCGGAUUCUAGUGAGUCUUCCCUCUUCACCAGCUCGCCAAGCCAUGAUUUCUCAUUGGCUGCCUCCUCUCAGCUGCACAGGAGGGGUGGAGCUACGCACUGUGCUAGACUACGAAGCACUGGCAAAAGAGAUGGAGGGCUACUCUGGCUCAGAUAUAAGAUUGGCAUGUAAGGAAGCUGCCAUGAGACCAGUUCGAAAGAUCUUUGAUGCUCUGGAGUCACAUCAGGAUGAUGACACAGACAUGCCCGCCAUCCAACUGGAAACUGUAACAACAGCUGAUUUCCUGAAUGUGAUUGAACACACCAAACCCUCAGCACGAAACCUGAUGGACAGAUACACAGCCUGGGAGAGAGAGUACCAAUCUGUCUGACACUAGUACACAUAACAUGAAUGUAAAGACUUUCAUACUAACGCCACUAAAAGUGAUGAUAACUCGUUUUUACUGUUACAAAUUUAUAUCCUGCACUAUACUAAAAAUUUACACUAAUGACUAUAUAUUAGCGUAAAAUGUUUCCUAUACUUUGGAUAUUUGUGACAAGCUACUGCAGGUUGGAACGGUGUACAUUUUAAUAACUGUGGAGCUUUGAAAAACUCUUUUUGACAUGGAGAAAAUAUUUGUUCAUU